AUGGAAGGUAAAUCCGACGUCGGUAAUAAGACAUUAACGAGAUGGCGAGAAUUGCCGCCGAGACACUACAUAGUAAAAAUCAAGUCAUUCUGGUCACUUAUCAAAAGCCUUAAAAAAAAUAAACUCAAGAAUUAUAAAUCAGAUGAGUUCGAAGCUAGUGGCUUUACGUGGCAUUUACUACUAUACCUCAGUGUCGAGAAAGAAAGUCCACAUGUCUCUCUCGGCUUGGAAUUUGUGAGCUCUAAAAAAUUGGACGAGGAGAUUAAAGCUGUUGUGAUCUUUUUCCUACAUGAUCAACUUAACAACAGAUAUUUGAGCAUUCAAGAUACCGACGUGAAGCGAUUUAAUGGGAAGAACAAGGAAUUGAAACUUUCUCAGAUAGUUCCUCCGGGAUGCUUCGAAAACCCGUUGAACGGAUAUCUAGUGAAAGAUGAAUGUGCGUUUGGAGUGGAGGUUUUUGUUUUGAAAGACGAAAGCAAAACUAGGGCUUCUUUCCGAACCCUAAUGAAAGAAAGCAAGAAAGUCUACACAUGGAAUGUGAACAGACUUUUUCUUUUGGAGACAACAAGAGGCGUAUAUUCAAAACCAUUCACUUUUCGAUCUAAUUUGGAAGAAGUCUACAAAUGGAGAUUACAUCUAUACAAAGGAAUUGAUGAAAUGAACAACAGAUACAUGUCCAUUUCCCUAUGCCUGCUACAAAAGGGAAACCAAACCGAAUUUCCUUUGGGAUGGAAAAUGCACCUUGAAUUCAAGCUUUCUCUAACCAAUCGUGAUGUCAAAAAAUUAUCACGAUCAGGUAAAGCUUUGUUUAGUGUAGAAGAUAAAGCAUGGGGCUUUCCCAAGUUUAUAAAAUUGGAAGAUUUAAGAGGAUGUGAUGAUAUGAAAAUUGAAGUAGAAUUCAUUAAAAUGUCAAUGGAAAUAAUUGACCAAAAGGCAAAGGCAAAGGCAAAGGAAGAAAGUAGUCCCUGAAAUAAGGCAAAGUAAUAUCAUAUAAAGAGGAUAUUUAUAUGCCUUAAUAUUUGAGAGUGGAUUUUAUGUUAGAAGAUAUGUUGAUUUAAUCUUAAAAAUACUUUAUUUCAAUAUUCAAUUCCCAAUUUAA